CCACCGCCCCGCCCCAGCACACGACCGGCGGGGAGGGUCCCCGCCAGGGUCCCCGCCAGGUGGGCUCGCGCAUCGCGGUCGCGCCUCGCCAUAGUUGCCCUGCCACCGCCAUGGAGAAGGGGCGCAAAAUCGUCAACGGCGCCGACGCCGCGCUUCCGGACUUCACGACCGACCGCUUCCCACACCUCGAGCGGGGCGACUUCGCCGUGCUCUCCGACGAGCACCUGCGCUUCUUCGAGGACCUCCUCGGCAAGGAGAAUGUGGUGACGGACCCCGUCAAGGUGGCGGCGCACAACAUCGACUGGGACCGCCACGCCCGCGGCCAGGGCAACGUGGUGCUCAAGCCCGCCACCACGCAGCAGGUGACCGACGUGCUGGCCUUCUGCAACGCGGAGCGCCUCGCCGUCACCCCGCAGGGCGGCAACACGGGGCUCGUCUGGGGCAGCGUGCCCGUCUUCGACGAGAUCAUCCUGUCCACGCAGCGCCUCAACGAGAUCCUCAGCUUCGAUGAGGUGUCCGGAGUGCUGACGUGUCAGUCGGGCUGCAUCCUGGGCGACUUGGACGCGUACGUCCGAAAGCGCGGCUUCAUCGUGCCGCUCGACUUGGGCGCCAAAGGAAAGUGCCACAUCGGCGGCAACUUGUCGACCAACGCGGGCGGCGUGCGGCUGGUGCGCUACGGCAGCCUGCACGGCUCGGUGCUGGGCGUGGAGGCGGUCCGCGCCGACGGGACCGUCAUUCGCCUCAUGAACACCUUGCGCAAGGACAACUCGGGCUUCCACCUGAAGCACAUGUUUAUCGGCUCCGAGGGCACCUUGGGUGUCAUCACACAGGUCGCGAUCCAGUGCAGCGUGGCGCCCGCCGCGGAGCACGUCCUGUUCCUGGGCGUGCCGUCGUUCAGCCGCGUCGUGGACGCGUUCCGGGCGGCGCGCCAGGCGCUCGGCGAGACCAUGUCGGCGUGCGAGAUGAUGGACGGCGAGUGCAUGCGCGUGGUGGUGGACAAGCUGGGCUACCGCAACCCGCUGCAGGACGACCACCCCUUCUACGUGCUGGUCGAGACCAACGGCAGCGACGCGCAGCACGACCGCGAGAAGAUCGCCAAGCUGCUGGAGGCCGUGCGCAGCUCGGGCGUGGCGACGGACGGCGUGCUCGCGUCCUCCGAGGCCGAGAUGCGCACGCUGUGGGAGACGCGGCUGCGGGUGGGCAAGGGCCUGUGGGCCGACGGCUGCCUCUACACGUUCGACAUCAGCGUGCCGCUCAGGAUGUACUACGACAUCGUGCCCGAGAUGACCAUGCGCCUGCGCGAGGCGGGCCGCCACGUCACCAGGGUCUGCGGCUUCGGCCACAUGGGGGACAGCAACCUGCACCUGGCCGUCACUUCGCCCUCUUUCGACUCGGAGCUGCUCGAGUGGAUGGAGGAGUUCGUGUACGAGUGGACGUCCCUGCGCAGCGGGUCGGUGGCCGCCGAGCACGGCGUCGGCUUCAAGAAGAACCGGUUCCUCCACCUCUCGAAGACGGCGCCCGCCCUCAGUCUCAUGAAGGACUUGAAGGACCUCAUGGACCCCAAGGGUAUUCUCAACCCCUACAAGGUGCUACCCCUCGGUCUGACGGGCAAGUCUUGCUAGGAGGGAGAUGAGGCGAGGAGGGGCUGAGGGCGCCCCAGCGUGACUGGGCCCGGUAACCGUGACUGGGAUGCGUUACUGUGAACCGUAACACGCCAGGUGCGAGCGUAGGUGAACAUGAGGGAGCGCAUGUGUCUAUGUAUGAAGGAGGAGGAAGGUACUAAACCAAAAAAGGGUAUCAAAAGCACACCUGGAGAUGUGGAUUAGAGGAGUUCUCCUUGACAGAACUUUUGAAGCCUAUCUCUCCAGGCAGGCCCGUGAUUCACUCGGUUAGUUUUUAGUUAAUCUUAAAACCGGAGAUUGUGAUAGAGCCAACUAGUAUUAUGUUAAUGAAUUAGCUCUGUGCCCUUUUCGGGAAAUGUUAGGUCUAAGUUACGCGGGAGUUAAGCUUAAUAAUGCCAUGUUUUGAAUGGAAUUUUCCUCCUGUGAUUCUUGACUUAAUUUAUGUGUUAAAUGUCACCCUGUGCCAUAUUACUUAUUACGACAAUAAAACAAUGGAGCGAUACCGCAAA